GAACUUUUUUUGAAAUUGUAUCUCAUAAUAAUCCUAGUGCUUAUCCCUUCUCUUUUAUGCCUACGCCGCAUUGGCCACCUAUAUCAUCUCUGCCACCUUUUUCUCCUCCUUCAAAUGUAUCCUUUAAUGUGGGGAACUUAGGUGAAUCGUAUAGUAUGGGUUCUUCGGGUGGUAAUAUGAUCUGGGCGAUUUCUUUCUCCUCUUUUUUCGCAAACUGUAGUCUUGUCUUCGGGUUUUGUUUUUGGAUCCUCGUCAGAUAAUAACUACUCUUCAGAAGCCUAUAUGCCAUGCAACUCUGAAAAUGUCAUACUGGGUAACAUAGUACCUAAUGAUGAAUUUAAAGAUAAUCUCAUCCUCGAACCAAUGCCGAUUUCUAUGCUGCCUCUGGAACCUGUUGUCACCGAAGAAGAAUUCGAGAAAGAAAUAGACCUCAUGAUGCUUGACUCAGACUCUAUGGCUUUGGAAACCUCUACUGCUCAUGACCUAGUAAGCAGUGCUAAGAUGAGCAGGAGUGAUGAAGUUGAUGUUGAAGAUGAACUUGGUUACAGAUUAGGGAAUAAAAAGGAUCCUUUUAUUUUAGUUGCCCAAGCUAAUCAAGUUUUUUGUGUCAAAGAACAAGGAAAUUCGAGGUGGUCUCUUGUUAUAUCAUCCCCUUUAAAAGACUACAUUUAA